CCCCUUUCCCCAGCUCAUCUAACUCCCUUUCCCCCUUCCUGUGGUCUGACUCCCCUGCCCCCUCCCUUCCCGCCCUGUCCCCUUUGUGCCCCUUUCUCUUUUUCUCUCCCCUUCUCUGGCUUUGCGUCUUUUCUCCACCUCUAACUCCCUUCACCUCGGCCUUCCUGGCCCUUCACGGCGGCUCCUCUCCCUGCCUGAGGUCUGAGCCACCAUGCUGACCCCAAUGAUGGCCGGGGGGGUGGUGUUCCCCGGACUCUUCCUCCUCUCCAAGAACACGCUCCAGCGGCUGCCCCAGCUGCGCUGGGAGGAGGCCGACGCGGUCAUUGUCUCAGCCAGGCUAGUCUCCUCUGUCCAAGCUGUCAUGGCCUCCACAGCUGGCUACAUCGUCUCCACCUCCUGCAAACACAUCAUCAAUGACCAACACUGGCUUUCCUCCGCCUACACGCAAUUCGCAGUCCCCUACUUCAUCUACGAUAUCUACGCCAUGUUCCUCUGUCACUGGCACAAACAUCAGGUCAAGGGGCACGGAGGAGAUGAAGGGGGGGCCCGCGCCCCGGGCGGCACCUGGGCUGUGGCGCGAGGCUACCUACAAAAGGAGUUCCUGAUGGUGCUCCACCACGCCGCCAUGGUGCUCGUGUGCUUCCCGCUGUCUGUGGUGUGGCGUCAGGGCAAGGGAGAUUUCUUUCUAGGCUGCUUGCUGAUGGCAGAGGUCAGCACGCCCUUCGUCUGCCUGGGCAAGAUCCUCAUCCAGUACAAGCAGCAACACACGCUGCUUCACAAGGUGAACGGGGCCCUGAUGCUGCUCAGCUUCCUCUGCUGCCGGGUGCUGCUCUUCCCCUACCUGUACUGGGCCUACGGGCGGCACGCCGGCCUGCCGCUGCUCGCCGUGCCCCUCGCCAUCCCGGCCCACGUCAACCUGGGCGCCGCGCUGCUGCUCGCCCCCCAGCUCUACUGGUUCUUCCUCAUCUGCCGCGGGGCCUGCCGCCUCUUCCGGCCCCGGAGCUCCCCGCCGCCCUCUCCCUGUGAGACCCAGGACUGAGGCGGGGCCCGGGGACCCUCCCCACCGCCCUCCCUAUCCCCGCAGGGAGAACAAACCAGAAAACGCAGAUUCACUACUGAAAACCCUCCAAUGGCUUCCCAUGGCUCCCGUGUGAGUUCUGAACGUCUUCGCCUGACCUGUAAGACUUUUGCCCAACCCUGUCCACCUACCCUACUCGGCUCUUUCCAGGCUCUUCCUUCGUCGGCACGCUCCAACCUUGGCACACAGCUCUGCCCGGGACGCCGCUGCCCACACUGGACCCCGGGCUGGCUCCUCUCCGCCGCAGAGACAACACUUCCGGGGUGGGGGGCGCGCCUGCGCUUCCACACCUUGUGACCAGCCGAGGUUACCGAUUCAGUCUCACUGCAUAUUGUCUGUCUCCCUACAAGGCUGUGAAGCCAGAGAGUGUUCACCUUGGUUCAUCAGAGUCGUAGCACAAGAGAUAGUAGGUAGUCAAUACAUAUUCAUUGACUUAGUGGAUGGACGGACAGACAGAAAGCCUUUCCACCUGCUGAUAUACCCCGGGCUCACCGCUGUCUGUGUUCCCCUACAACUGGCUUGAGCUCCAGCUCCCCUUCACCUCCGACAAGCCUCUCUGGGGGACACUACUGGGCCUGAGCCAAGCCCCUUAGGAAGACCACAGCAGAGGCUGCCCGGCUGUAAGCCUCUGGCCCAGCCUGCCCCUCCCCUCACUGCAGACCCAGGUCCGCCUGUCACCAAAGCCACCAGCUCCGGUUGUGGAUGGCCUCUCCCUUAGUUCCACCUCCUUCCUUAUCCUGGAGAGCCCCAGCGGAAACCUAAUGGUUGCCUUUACUUAAAAUAAUACAUUCUUUUGAAUAGGUAACAUAGGCACGUGGUACACAAUUCAAAAGAUACAAAGCGUGUACCUUGAAAAAUCACUCCUGUUUCCUGCCUUGCCCUGCCUCAGAGCUACUUCCUCAGAGGUCGCCACAGUUACCACUUUCUGGUGCAGCCUUCCAGAAAUAAUUUAUGCACAAAUAAACAAACACGUAUAAACUCUUUUGGCCUCACUCAAAUGGCAGCAUUUGACACACGCUGCUCUAUACCUCACUUUUUUCAGUACAGAAAGGGACUCUUUCUUUGUCAUGGCUGCAUAGUAUUUCAUUGUAUGAAACUGUGUCAUAACUGAUUGAACCUGUCCCUUACUCGUGGACAUGUAGGUUGGUUCCAAUCUUGUGCCACUGCAAAUAAACUUGAACUUUUAUUAUUCUGCUCAUGGAGCAGAAUAUGUCUAUGGGAUAAAAUAUCCACUAUGUCUAUAGGAUAAAAUCCUAGAAGAGGCACUUUGGAGUCAAAGAGUCUGCGAGUAUGUUUUUGCCAUCUUGGGAUCCACGGUCAGACUGGCCUCUGAAGAGUUGGUCUCCAUUUGCCCAUAACUUCGCCCACAUUGUGUGUUACCAGAUGCUUGGAAUUUUGUCAUUUGAUAGAUGACAAGUGCUUUCUCAGUGUCGUUUGACGUUGCAUGUCUUUUUAAAAACAUAUAUCUUGGAGCCAGCCCGGUGGCUCAGGCGGUUAGAGCUCUAUGCUCCUAACUCCGAAGGCUGCCGGUUCGAU